AUGCUUGUCUAUUUUCACUACAGGACUAAAUAUUUGUAAGAUAUUACACAGGUGUCAGGGAGAGAGAAGUUGUUGAAGAUCUCUUUUGCUGUGACGUGUGUUGACUAAGAAGUUGGUGGGAAUCAGUGCCCAGCCCAGGUUGAUGGGAUGAGUGUACUUAGGAUCAUUGAUGCUGGGCUCCUGUUCACCUUCAUUUCUAUUGGAUAUAGUCUAUAUGUACCUUCGCAGGUGGAGCAGCCACCCACAAUCACAGCACAGUCUGUGGGAUCAAUUGUUGCACUUCCAAUUGAUCAUAAUUUCACUUUGACAUGUGAAGCCACAGGAAAUCCAAAACCAGUGAUUCACUGGACUAAAAAUGGCCUGAACUUUAACCCACAUAAUGAACCAAGACUCAAAAGCUUUGAAAACAGUGGAAGUUUUGUUAUUCCAAACAACAAAUACCUUGCAGAAUACCAGGGUAAAUACAGAUGCUAUGCAUCCAAUAAGUUGGGAGUAGCAAUGUCAAAGGAAACACAUUUCAUUGUACCUGCUUCACCAAAAUUUCCAAAACAACAUGUACUGCCAGCUGUGGUUAAAGUGGGGGAUCCAGUGGUUUUGGAAUGUAACCCACCAGAAGGCAUUUUACCUCGCAACCUUUACUGGAUGAAUAUUGGUCUUCAACACAUUGAACAGGAUGAUCGAGUUUCCAUGGGGUUGAAUGGGAACCUUUACAUUUCAAAUGUGCUAGAAAAAGACAACCGUAGCGACUACUGCUGUUAUGCGUCUUUCCCAGGAAUUCGCACGAUUGUCCAGAAAAGUCCCAUGGCUAUUGUGGUCAUGUCCUCAAACUCAACUGGUGAAACAGAUGUCACAAUUUCUAAUAGAAAACCAAAUCUUCUGGUGCCCUCUGGUGAUCUGUCCCAAAAAUAUCUGGUGCAAGGACAGGAUCUUGAAAUUGAGUGUAUUGCAGAGGGAUUCCCCACACCAAUAAUAGAAUGGAGCAAGACAGAAGGGAAAUUACCACAACGGACCAACAUCAAGAACUAUGGAAAAUUGUUGAUUAUAACAAAUGUCACAGAAGAUGACAGUGGGAAAUACAUGUGCAAGUCGAAGAAUUCUGCUGGUGAAGCCAUUCAUUUGUUCGACAUUGCCAUAGAAGAGCCGCCACGCUGGGUGCAAGAGCCAAUAAAAAAUAAAGUAGCACCAAUUGGAUCAGAAGUAAGCAUAGGAUGCAGUGCUUCAGGAAAGCCACCACCCACAAUCACUUGGAUGAGGAAUGGUGAACCUCUCCUAGAAUUCGACUCAUCCAACAUCAUAGUGCAAGAUAACACUCUUAUCCUUUACGAAGCAAAUAAAAAUAAUAGUGCAGCAUAUCAGUGUGAAGCCUCCAACAAACAUGGCAAUAUACUGAGCAACACAAACAUUUUGAUCAUAAAUCUUCCUCCUUUGAUCCUGACACAGAAUUCAGUAAAUUAUGGUGCUGUGUGUGGGAAGAGUGUCAUCAUGGACUGCAAAGUGUUUAGUUCUCCAUCUUCUGUUAUACACUGGAGAAAAGAUAGCAUUGAAGGUCCCGUGGUAGGCGAACGAUUCUUUGUUCAUAAAAAUGGCUCCCUGCAGAUUUAUACAACUGAGAUGGAAGACACAGGAAAAUAUAUUUGUUCUGUUACCAACUCAGAGGGCAACUCCAGCAUUAUAGCAAAUCUUCAUAUAAAAGAACCAAUCAAAAUUGUGACCCCGCCUCAAGAUAUGAAGAUCAAAAGGGGAAGCAUGGCAGAGCUUCUGUGCAAGACAAAGUAUAAUCAGUCACUCACUGAUGAGCUGAAAAUCUUCUGGCAGAAGGAUGGGAAAAAGAUAUAUUCUAACCACAAUGAGGAUUUAAGAUUCUACAUUGAUGAGGGAACAUUGCAGAUCAACAACGUGAGCCAUAGCGAUAAAGGGCUGUAUACGUGUAUUGCUAGAACAUCUCUUGACCAAGAUACAGCAUCUGCAUAUAUAACUGUUCUAGAUGUCCCUGACCCUCCAGUAGACUUAACAUUAUCUGAUCUGAGAGAUCGCAGUGUGAAGCUACAUUGGGUGCCUACAAAAGACUAUAACAGCAGCAUAACAGAGUACAUCAUCGAAUUUGAGGAGAACGACUGGGAACCAGGCAAGUGGAGGCCACUGCUAAGAGUAUCUGGCCACAAGAACUCUGCUCCUCUCUCAUUAUAUGGACAUAUUAACUACCAGUUCAGAGUCAGCGCUGUCAAUGCCAUUGGCAGAGGUCAUCCCAGCAGUCCCUCUGAGAGAUACAAAACUCCUCCUGCUGCCCCAGAUAGGAAUCCAGAAAACAUAAAGAUUGAGGGUCAUUCACCUCAUCAAAUGGACAUUACUUGGGAGCCUUUGAUGCCUAUCGAGCACAAUGGACCUGGUCUGGAGUACAAACUUAGCUAUAGGCAAAUGGGUGUAGAAAAAAGCUGGACCGAGACGAUGGUGACAAGGCAUUCCUUUGUUGUAAAAGGCACCCCUACAUUUGUUCCAUAUGAGGUUAAGGUCCAGGCCCACAAUAAUCAUGGUUGGGCAGUGGAACCCAAAAUUGAGAUUGGAUAUUCUGGUGAAGACUUGCCAACUGCAGCUCCUGAGGAUGUGUACGUAGAAGUGUUAAAUUCCACACUGGUGCAGGUCACCUGGUCCCCGGUACAACAAUCUCAGCUCAGGGGACAUCUUCAAGGUUACAAUGUGCAUUGGUGGAGAACACAAAGCCUUUUGACUUCCAUAGAAGUUCCUGCUGAGAAGCAGUUUCUGACCCUCACAGGAAAUCAGAGUCAUACCAUAGUGUCUGGGUUGAAACCUUUCUCCCAAUACCGUCUCAAUGUUCAUGUAUUUAACAGGAAAGGCAGUGGACCCAGUAGCAGCCCAAUCACCUUUACAACACCACAGGGAGUUCCUGAAAGCCCCCCUGUGCUCAGAGCUACAAAUCCACAGGAUAACUCAAUCACACUGGUGUGGGCUCCACCACUUGAGGCCAAUGGUGUUCUCACUGGAUACAAGCUGCAGUACCAUAUAACCAAUGAUACACUGGAUGCUGGUGAACUAUACAGAGUUAAUAUCAGUGGACCAGACAAUACACAGUUGGUUCUAAAUGAUCUGGAGACUGAUGGCUACUACAAGUUCUAUCUGAGCGCUUGUACACUUGUCGGCUGUGGACCAGCUAUUAGUGAAGAGGGGUCCACUGGUUCAGGAGCACAUACAGCAGGUGUACAUGACAGAAUCUCAUCUACAAGUUGGUUCAUCGGUAUUAUGUGUGCCGUGGCACUGCUUACCCUUGUAGCUCUAAUUGCCUGCUUUGUGAACAAGAACAAAAGAGGAAUAUAUGCAGUGAAAGAGAAGGAAGACAUGCGACCACAUCUGGAUUUUAAAGGCACGAAUAACGAGACUUCCUGUGAAUACAGUUACAGUGAUAAAAAGCCUCUUAAGAGAAGUCAACCUACCCUAUUAAGAGACAUCAAAGACGACAGCAGCAGCCUGGACAGCUCUACCACCUAUGGGAAUGAGGAAUGCGAGUUCAGUGAGGAUGGAUCUUUCAUUGGUGAAUACGUUGGCAUCAAACAAAGGUUAUCCAUGGACUUUACAGUUUAAGAUGCUGUUUAUUCUUUUAGAGUAUUUAAAUCUGAGAGGAAGGCUGUGCGCAAUUUGAAGACGCAGAUGGAUGUAUAGUAAGAGUCCAAUUGUGUGGGCGAAGGGUAGCAAACACUGAGAAAUACACAAACUUAACAUCAUAUAACAACCAUGGUUUCUUGUUUAUGUGAAAAUUAGCUGCAGUAUACUACAAUGUUCAACAACUGGGUGGAUUAGACACUUUGGUUUUCAGGACACAGUCAGUUCUGUUCAGGAAAAUAAAAUAAAAAAAAGUGGACAUGGUGCCUCACUUACUUGUAAAAACAGAGCAUUUUUGUUAGAUUCCAUGGACCUGAUAUGCAUGGGAAAAGUGUCCUUUUAAAAAAAUCAUAAUGAAGUUCAGAUCCUAUGAACAAAUGGGUUUCCUUUGAUGUUGAUGCAAUCGAUUAACAAUACUUUCUGAUUCUUGCAUAUAUUUGAAAACCUGACACAUUUCUUUUAAGCAAUGUAAUGAAUUAAAAUUGAUCAUUUCACUGCCAGAGGGAAAAUAGAAAAUUGAUGACCCAUACGUUCGUCCUUGCAUGGCAGUAUUUUCUAAAUCAUAUACAGAAUGCAUGCACACAUAGGCAUAGUAGAUAAUUUGUUGGAGGACAUUUUUUGAAUGUUUAUAGAAUUCCUAGAAAUUACUGUCCUUACAGGAGUAAUCUUGUCAACACAAGAGAUUGUAAUUAGAAGCAAUUUUAAUGCAUGACAUUUUUUUCUGGUGUUCUAGUUUAUCCCUACUUCUACCUUAUUUCCUAAACUGUGUUUUAUUGUACAGAAUGUAAGUAGUUUUUUAUGAGUGAAACUAUAUUUUUUAUGUUUGUACAUUCCAUUUUUAAUAUUUGUAAAUACCAUCUAUACUGACAUUUUAAAAUGUUUGUUUAGAAAAUUCUAGAAACAAUGACUCAUACUUAUAAAGCUUACUUAUAAAGGAAGCUUAGAUCAAAUGUUGCUAAUUACUUCACCAGCCACUUCCAUACAAUAACAAACUUCCUGCCAUAUUAUCAGGGCAAGAAUCUCAAGAAAGUCUUGUCUUUGAACAGAUAUGUAUAUAACCUGUUAAUGUGUUUUUCUUUAUGUUCAACCUAUUUUCACAAAAUAUGUUUUUACAGAUAACUUAAAAUAAAAGUGAAGUAAAUAUACA